UCUUCACUGUCUCAAUUGUAGGAGCCAAAUUGGUCGGAUCAUGGAGCUGUUGUCUACCCCGCACAGCAUCGAGAUCAACAAUAUCACCUGUGACUCCUUCCGAAUUUCUUGGUCCAUGGAUGUUGGAGACCUGGAUAGGGUUACCCACUACUUCAUCGAUUUGAACAAGAAGGAAAAUAAAAGCUCCAACAAGUUCAAACACCGGGAUGUCCCUACCAAGCUGGUAGCUAAGGCAGUGGCCCUGCCAAUGACAGUGAGGGGUCACUGGUUUCUGAGUCCCAGGACAGAGUACAGUGUGGCCGUGCAGACUGCAGUGAAGCAAAGUGAUGGAGAGUACCUCGUCUCUGGAUGGAGUGAGACUGUUGAAUUCUGCACAGGAGACUAUGCCAAAGAACAUCUAGCCCAGCUGCAAGAGAAGGCUGAGCUCAUCUCGGGGAGGAUGUUGCGGUUCACCGUUUUCUAUCGGAAUCACACUAAAGAGUAUUUCCAGUAUGUCAGAAUGCACUGUGGAGGCGUCAUGAAGCCAUAUUUGAAGGACAACAGCGGCAGCCAUGGUUCACCCACCAGUGGAAUGCUCCAUGGCAUCUUUUUCAGCUGCAAUACUGAGUUCAACAAUGGCCAGCCUCCCCAAGACUCCCCUUAUGGCCGCUACCGUUUCCAGGUGCCCGCACAGCGCCUUUUCAGUCCCAACACCAACCUCUACUUUGCGGAUUUCUACUGUAUGUACACUGCCUACCAUUACGUCAUUCUGGUGCUGGCGCCAAAAGGUUCUGCCGGAGACCACUUUUGUCGGGAGAGACUCCCCCAGUUGGACAUUUCCUGCAACAAGUUCCUGACCUGCAGCGUGGAGGACGGCGAGCUUAUCUACCGUCAUGCCCAGGAUGUCAUCCUGGAGAUCAUUUAUACGGAGCCCGUUGACCUCAGUCUAGGAGUUCUGGGGGAGAUCAGUGGCCAUCAGCUCAUGAGCCUCUCGACGGCCGAUGCCAAAAAGGAUCCAAGUUGCAAGACAUGUAACAUCAGCGUGGGGCGCUAGAGACGGGGAAGGGUGGGGAAGGAGAUGGGACAAACACCAGUAUGAGAGUUCUUGGUGAGCCCCAUGGCCCUUCAAUGUACAUGUGACCAUCUGAAAACGGGGUCCACCUUGGGUGACGGGGAUGCUGGAGAAGUCCCCCCCCCUUUUUGCUGUCCUUGCCUCCUUUCUCUCCCCCUCUCUUCUUGCAUGUUUCCUUGCCAUUGUAAAUAAGGUUUUUGGAUUUGGGAAGUGAGAACGAGGGAGAGCAUGCAAUCAGGUCAAGGUUGAAGGACCUGCAUUUCCAGGUUUACUAAGGACAGCCCUCAAUUUUUUUUGAGGUCUCUUCUCCAAGAAAACUAUCCAGUUCUCUUCCAUUUCCCAACCCAAGUCAAACGGACAUUUCACUUUGCACAAACAGCAGGUAGUCUGGCCAGUUUCCUAAGCAAAAUAUAUUAACUAGAAGUACCUCUCCAUCUCCUACCUUGUUCCUUUUGGCCGAUUUCUCCACACAAUGAACACUAUUCCCCCCUCCCCCCGCAAAACGGGUUCUCUUCAUCCGUAGCACGAUUUACUUUUUUUAAAAGAACUACGUUGAAGGUUGGAAGAAGACAUCUCCCCACCACCUUCUCGAAGGGUCCUGGGUUCAAAGCACAUCUGGCACAAAGACCACCUCAACUAGGCUUAGUGGGUAGCACAAGCUUAAACCUGGGAUGGGCAUGUAGGCUAAAGAAGGAAAACAGCGAAGGGAUUCUUACGUAGAGAUUCUUUCUUUCUGUUUUUUUUGCUCAUUUCCAUGGGGUGUGACUCCUUAUUAUUUAUAUCCUUUAUUUAUUUUGACUGAAGAAGACAAGGGGAGAGGGAACAACAGGUUCUAACAGGUGUACUAGAAACUGGAAUGCUGAUGGGUGAUGUUGCUAUGUGAACAUGCCCAGCUUGGCUUCCCUGUUUUCCAUGAUAACCGAUUACAGAUCCAGGCUGGCAAAGCUCAUACCUGCUUUUCAUUCUGGGUUGGGGUUCUGAAGAAGGGGAAGAAAGAAGUUGGAGCCACAGGGGAGUUAGACAGAAAAACAAAUCACUCAACAGUUGGAUGCUAUCUUUCCCCUCCACUGUUGUGAUUCGUUUUGCUUUUCCACCAUGCAGGAGGCACUGAGAGCUCCAGGUUUCGUAUCUUAAGUUUGCAGCUCCCAUGAACCUGGAAUGCGAUUUGUGAUUUCAUAGGUUUGUGUGAACCCAGCUGUUGCGGUUUGCAAACCACGGUUGAUGUACCUCGGAACGAGGAGUCAGUAAUUGUUGUUGGCUUAGGGAACUUGUUCUUCCCUAAGCCAACAAUAAUGGCUUAGGGAAGAACAACUGGCUGAGCAUCAUACCUGAAAUAAGCCACAAGCAUAAUGCAGGUAGUCCUAGACUUAUGACCAUUUGCUCAGCAACCUAGGGUCUUCCCUGCUCCGCAUAAUGACUGCCAUGGGGAGAGCCAGGAUUUCGUGGGCACCUUUGCUUAAAAACACAGCAACAACAACGCCCGCAAUUCUGGGCUCGCUUGUGGUCAUAAAUGGAAGAUUAUCUGUCUAUCUACCUUAUAUAGCUUUGUUUCCUUCUUUUUUUCCAAAGAGACCAUAGAGUGAAAGCUUCUCCCAUUUUUGCUACUAACUUCAGAUUUUAAUCUCAGCAGCCAGGAGGUGCUGUAUACACUGGGUAUCCCACGGACCAUGACAGCUGCACAAUUUUGAAUAGAGACCUAAUGUGCCAUUCAGUGCGCUGAGCUUUAUGGCUUCAAUCUAACCAUGGCAAGCAGGUUGGGGCAUCCUCCAGAAGGAACUUCUCUUGGCUUGUAAGGAGAAAGCUUCAUUUGCAGCCACUCCCCAGCUCUGCCGUCUUGACGUACCCAUGCCUUCCGUCCAUCACCGGGAACCGGCUUCCUGGGACAGGCUAGACCUGCUCUUGACAGCUGCUCCUCACAUCUGCCAACCACCCUCUUUAGGCUGAAGGCUUGGCCUCCAUCAUAGGGAGUAUUUUUUUUUCCUAUGGGUUUUCUUGGGUUGUAUGAGUGAUUGUUUCCCUUUUAUCAGGGCAUAGCUGCAGAUAGCAUCCUUUCUUUCCGCAGGGAACUUUGAGAAAACUUGAAUGUCAAGAAAUUCUGGGCCUUCCUUCUUUACUGGUCGGUUAAGAUGUGACUUGAGAUCUUAAAGAGAAUUCAUUUUGUAGCAGCAAGUUAGAAGCCUGAGGCCUGGGAGAAAGCCAGCUCCCCAUUUAAAAGGCCUUUCCCAUUCCAGAGGUGACUUGAAGGGAAAACACACAUACACAGCCAACUUUCAUAAGAUACACUUGUUACCUUGAGAAGGUCAUCUACCGAGAACCCAAAGAGAAAUAAAGAGGGUCACAAGAGGCAGAGAAGUCAGAAUUUUUCCCUCAGGUCUUUGGAACCUCCAACAAAGCCAGCCUCCAAAUUUAUCAAGCCAAAUACAGCCCAAGAUCAGUGUGCCAAAAAGUGCAAAACCACAACCACUCCUAUUUUGUUUUUGAAGUUUACCCUGUUUUCCCAAAAAUAAGAUCUAUCCAAAAAAUAAGACCUAGCAUGUUUUUACACAUGCGCCUAAUAUAAGCCCUACCUCCCCCAAAAUAAGCCCUACUUAAGAGCCUGUGCAACUGGCCACCCAUCCAUUCUGGUUGCUUGCAGUGCCAUGGCCAGGAGGUGACAUGGGGAGGGGGGGAAUUGCCCCAUGCAACCCUACCAGCUUACCUGUCCAUGCCCCGACACCUGCCUUGCAGUGGCAGCACCAGCAGCCAUGUGCAACAGAAGCCCAUGUGGCCACCAGCCCACUUCUGUUUACUCACAGCCACAAGGGAGCAGGAGGCUGAGCUCCACCUCACCUUGUGGCUUUGGCACCAGUGCAUCACUCAGCAUCCUGCUCUGUUGUAUCCGCAAGUAAGCAGAAGAAUUGAGUUGGUGACCACACAGGGUCCUGCUGGAUGGAGCUGUUGGAACUACCGCCAUGAGGUGAGGCAGGUGUUGGGAUGUGGUUGGCCUAGUUGCGGGGUAACCUGGGGUGGCUCCACCCCCGCCACCUCACAGUGGCAGCCUUGGUGUGCUGCAUGUCCUCCUACCCUGCUGCGAGCAAGCAGAAGAAGUGGGCCUCCCAUAUACAGGGGAAAAAAAAACACUCCCCUAAAAUAAGCCCUACUGCUCAUUUUGGGGCCCAAAAGAAAAUAAGACCCGGUCUUAUUUUCAGGGAAACACGGGUAACAAGCAGCACACUGUUGGGCUUUAUCAAACCUCACGUGACUGGUGAGGAACAUUCAACUCUGUGAAUUCAACAUUCCUAGAUAUCUGCCUCAAACGCAUUCUUCACAAUCCUGGUUGCUUUUCAGACUAUAUCCCUGAGGGAGCUGGGGCGGUGUUGACUGUAAACUGACGGAUUAUGGUGGAAAGGUUUUCACCGAUAGCUUGCCUGCAGUUAAUGAUCGCAUUUCCCUGCAGCUCAGCUAUCUGCAGGAGAAACCUGGUUGCAUUGUUGUGGAGCAGAGAUGAUGAGCAGGAGGCCUGUAGAUGCUCCGAAGCUUCUGAAAUCUAAGUGAUUCCAAAGCAAAAUGUUUAAUUGUGGUUCUGUGGGCAAAUCAAACGCAGAAAGGGAUUCUGGUGGAAGAAGGCUGAACCUGUCACAGAAGGAAUUCCACCGACAAGCUCCAUAUCAGAGCUUGAUGGUUGUUCAAUGAGGCUGGCUCCCUUCACCCCAUGUUAAAUUACUGGCAUGUUCCCAGAAUCCCAGCCUCCCACAUUUUAAGGAUAUAAGAACCAACAAAGUCAGGUCUUCAGUUGAAGAAGCAUCUCCAUGGAGGUGGUGGAGAAACCCUGGGUGUUUUUUUUUUUAAAUUGUUCUUGGCACAACCUUCUGAGCUUUCCAAGCUGUGAGGCCAACUGUGUAGUGUUUGCUGUGUGCUGUAGCAGUACUGUGACACAAAUGCUGCUAGCAUUAAUAAUAAGAACCUGACUUUUUUUCUUUGUUAGCUGUUUAUUUUCCCCUUCUCCACGUCUCCCUGCCUGUUGCAAUUUUUGGCCAACUGUUAAGCGUCACUUGCUCCAGGAAAUGCUGUCGGUAUUUAGAGGCUGCCCUUAACUCUUCGCGGCUUUGUAUGUAUAUGCUAAGAAACCCUAACGCUAUUUGAGGCUGGAUUUGUAUCACGCUUUCUCCAGCUGUGAGAACACAGCGGCAGGAGGAGUGGUGAGACUGUCAUCAAUUUAUUUCAAUCAGGAAAAUGUUUCUCCAUUUCAUACCCAAAGUGACAAGAGAAUGUUUUUGCUACCUACAAACGGACCGACUAUGUGACAAGCCGGUAAAAGUUACUACAAUUCUAGUUGCAGUCCUGCUACAAAAAGUUACUGCUAUAACUACAAUAAUAAAGGUACAAAAACAUGGAGAGAAAUUACUUUUUUCCCCCUGAAGAGAGGCAGUGAAAGGUACCCCAAUCAAGUGGCUCAUAAGAUAUUAAAUGAUUAGAUUGUGCUAUAAGUACUGGAUGGUAGAAAUUCUCCACCAGCCAUUUGGAAAGUCUAUUCCUAGUGCCAUUUUGUCAUAUUUAUUCCCAAACUAAAGCUUAGUUCAAGGGUGCUUAUUCUCAGAUCAAAGGAAUCUGGGCUGUGUCCCAACUUAAGAGAGAGAGAGCGAUCGUUCGUGAUUAACUACCUAAAAUGAAUCUAUUUAACUUUACACAGCAAAGCUAGAGAGAAGCAGAUGGUUUUGUUUUAAUCUUUUUUUUUUCUUUUUCAAUGUGGGAAAUGUAAUACAGAGGUCUUGUGUAAAUUGGGUCAAGGCAUUUUAUUUGAUGAGGCUAAUCAGGUGAUGGGUGAACACGGGCCAACUUUUAUGAAAAAAAAGGGAGGUAUUUUUUUAACCAUAUGGAAGAAUGUUCUAACAGAUGGGCAUGUUAUGUCACCUCCCUGUUGGCAGCUAUUCUCCAGCAUUGUUAAGAGCCAUCUCCUCAUUUUUUUUCUCCUAAGUACAUAGCAAAUCAUGUGUUACCCUACACAUUUGAGAGUUCAUUUUAUUCGCACCGAUCCUCUUGUCCAUUCUCAAAUAGGAGCAGAACAACUUCGUUAUGCGCCAAAGUACUUCUAAACCUCAACGUAACUCAACCGUUGAAGGAAAGGGAUGGAGAUAACAUGGGAAAGGCUGUCCCAGUAAAGAUUCUGAAUACAAGCAUAAUCACUAGAAUUAUUAUUGCUGGGAUGCACAUUUGGGACAACCAAACAGGGAAUUUCUUUAGAAUAUGUUAAGCGGUGCUGGAGAAUGGAAUUCCAGCAUCCCCUGAGCCGGCAAAAGUUUCCAAAUAUUUAGCAUAUUUUAAUUUGUUGAUAUGCUGGUAUAGGAAACCAGUUAAGUCCUUGACAGGAGAGUAAGCCUAUUUACUAUAUUUAACUACUAUAAUCUAGAUGGAUUUAUAUUAAGUGCAAGUUUUAGUAGGUCCUUGGUACAGGUAAUCCUCAACUCAGGACAAUUGAGUCUGGAUUUUUUUGUUGCUAAGUGAGAUAGUUGUGAGUUUUGCAUAUUUUUUGAUCUCCCUUGCCACAGUUGUUAAGUAAGUUACACCAUUGUUAAGUGAAUCUGGCUUCCCACUGAGUUUGCUUGUUGUGUGAGCUUGGGACAUUGCAACCGUCAUUAAUAUGAGCCAAUUGCCAAGCUUCCAAAUUUUGAUCGUGUGUCCACGGGGAUGCUGUAACAGUUGUGUGGAAAAGGGUCCUAAGUCACUUUUUUUCAGGGCAGUUGUAACUUUGAAACUGUAAGUUGAGGACUACCUGUAUAACCUUCUUGAGCUUUGACUCAAAAAACAAAAACAAAACAGCCAACGAUUCACGUUGGGUUCUAGGACUAGAAUAGCCAAUCCCUCUUAGAAUGCGCUAGGACAGUGCAGUACUUGGGAGCACAUUGGGAGUGAGGUGCAGAGGGAAACUCUAGCACCCAUCUGCCACUCCCCAAAACUGCUACCCUCUUUCCCUAAGUUUGCAUGACAGCUGUUUGCAGCUGCAGCAAAUCUUGGAAAACUCAUUUAAGGAGCUGCUGACUGAGCCCUUAUUUGCCUUACCAAGCACUUUUUUUUUUUAACCAGAGUGGUGAACAAGCCUGAAAAAUGCCUGCCACGUAUGGAGCAUUUUAAAACAAUGUACCCUUUCUAUCCAUCGGGAUCCUCAAUAAUAUUAAGCAAGGGGUAUAGGGCAGACUUGGGAAAGGGGGAUAGAAAUAAUCUUUUCAAAAACCCAGGGAUAAACUACAAAUCAUUUCCCGCCCACUGUUUUUUUUUAUUUAUUACGCCUUUAAUUUUAUAGCCCUUUCCCUCCAAGUCUGCAUAAUGUGAAUUCAAGAUACGUUAACGCUCAACGACCCCCCAAAGCACCUAUUUAAGGGAAGGCGGCAUUUGAAGUCAUUGCAGAAAAAGAUCUUGGUUUGAUUUUUGGCAGCCUAGGAAGGGCUGCCAGAGAUGCUUGUUUUCAUGCUGAACAAUGACUGCUGACUUUCUAUAUCGGGGGUGUCAAACUUGAUUUCUUUGAUGGCUACAUCAGGAUUAUGCUUGACCCCAGGGGGCCCCAGCAAAUUGGGUGUAGCCAGCUUGAAGUCACUCAUGUCGGGAGGUGCCUAGGGGGCCCAAGAGCUCUCCCAGUGAAAACGGGCUCCCAAGCUCCAUUUUCAGCUGGGCAGCCUCCUGCAACCCUCUGCCAGCAAAAACGGAGCUCGGGAGGGCUGCCCGCAGCCCUCCUGAGCUCCCUUUUUCAUUGGCAGAGACACUGCGGGCCAGAUCUAAGCACCCCACUGACCGGAUCCGGCUCUCAAGCCUUGAGUUUGACACCCCUGCUCUAGAUGUCUUCUCCAAAUGAUCCAACACCAAGUUUGCCUAUGGUGCUAACCCAUUAUAGCCAAACUAUAGGAUGGCCUUUACUGAAGUGGGAGCUAUUAAAUAGGAGAUCUCAAAACGACACCAUUGAUACAUCUCUUUCAUAGUUUUCAAACUGUGUGAUCGGAGAUCCCUCAAUAAGGUCAGUUCUGGAGAGCAAGUCUUUCGGAUGGGCGUCUUCCCUAGUCCCAUUGUUUAUCCUACAGUGCAAAGAAAUGGGAGAAUUCCCCAGCUGAGGAAUUCUGGGAGUUAAAGUCCUAAAGUUGCCAAGUUUGGUGAUCCCUGCCUUCAAACCUCUCAAGUUUUCGUGGUGUAUUUGAAAAUACAUAGCUUCGUAUAUGAUGUAUGCCAUGAAACAUGCUGUAGAAGGUUUGCCAACAUGUUGAAGGCUUUGGGGGUCUCGUAGGCACUGACUGUUUUAUGUAGGAACUUACCCCAAAGGUAGAAGACUUAGAAAUAUCAUUUUUAUCUCCGAAGUUAAUAAAUUAUUUCCUUCUUUCCAAGGCAAUUUGGGAAGGUAGAAUUUUAAUGAAGAUUGCAAAAUAGCAAAAAGAGAUAAUCCCUUCUCAAAUACCAAGAUCCUACUUUAGUGUCCUUUGAACUAAAAGUCUCUUGCUGUUGGCUCUGUUGGCUGAGGACGAUGGAAGUGGGUGUCCCAGCCAUCUGCAAGGAGUGGAGCAUCUGGUCUGCUCCUAUCCUAAUGACUUCAGGAAAGCAUUUGGACAUUUCAGGAAUUGUCUGAGUCUUCAGCAAUUCCUGUUUUGUGUGGGACCCGUCUAAGGAUCAAGAUCUUUGGCAGCGUUCCAGGCAGAAAGCAUCAAGUCUUAGGAGGGAGGAAUGUUUGCCUUGACUUCCUGGUUGCGAAGUAGCCUCACGGGUUGGCCAUUUGACGAUCACAGCCUCUUCCCCAUCACCCUCCAAAUUCUUGCAUGUGGCUGAUAAAAUUUCAGCAUGGCAGUCACGCAACAGCCCAAACUGGAUUUAAAGUGAUGCUUUUCCAGACUGUAUGUAUGAUGCACGCUGUAAAAUAAUACCUGAAGCAAAAAAUGUGCCGUGCUUACAGUGUGUAUUAAUAAACAAGAACCUGUGUUGAAACAU